GGGAAGACGCCCGGACCCCAGAGCGACCGAACGGAUGCGGGACUGAGGCUGCGGCGGUCUGGUGUUUCCCUCUUGGUGGCUUCUUCCUGGACAAAAGAGUUAAGAAGAAGAAGAACGUCUCUUUCUCCUUCUCCCAGCAGCAGCAGCAGCAGGUUACAGCCAUUUGAGCACGUUCAUCCAGCCUGUGGUGAGCUUCUGCAUCCAGUGAUGGGAGGUCUCCAUUGAGUAACAAACACAGAAAUAUAACACGGAUGUUGCUGUGAAGCUACUGGCGAUCCAUUACAUCUACUGAGGAUGGGGAAACUUGACUACGGAGCUCCAGUGACUCCGGUGAGCGACUCCAGAGGUUGGGUGUGCCGGAGGAAAGGAGUCUUCAUGGGUACCAGAUUUAGACAGUGCAGAACUGCGUCGGCCAGGUGGACCUGUCCUCACACUGAUACCAGACCUGCAUAUAGCUCCGGCACAGAGUAUACCAGGCAUAUCUAAACCAAGGAAUCUUUUAAAGGUUUGAAGGUUUACAGUAUUGCAUCCUGAAGAGAGGGCAUGGUGCGCUCUUAGCCACUUGUCAAAAUGCCAGGCAAGAAAGACGCCAAGAAGGAUGCAAAGAAGGGUGGAAAACCUGAACCAGAGAAAAAGAAAGAGGAGGAAAAGAAAGGGAAGGAUGACAAAAAGGGAGGAAAAGAUGACAAGAAAGCCAUCAAAGAUGAUAAGAAAGGUGGAAAGGAUGAUAAGAAAGGGGGGAAGGAUGAUAAGAAAGGGGGGAAGAAAGGAAAAGACGAGCCAGCCAAGGGUAAAGAUGAUGGAAAGAAAGGAAAUAGUAAAGGGAAGGGUAAGAAGGUGGAGUCAGAGGAGGAAGAAGAUGAGCUUCUGAGUGAUGAGGAAGAGGACUUCAGUGAAGAAGAGGACGAUGAGGAGGAAGACUCAGAGGAUGACAGAAGAGGGAGGGGCCGAGGAGGCAAAGGUGCUAAGGGAAAGAAAGGGGGGAAGUCUAGACGUGGCGAAGAUUCGGAUGAGGAGGAGGAUGAAGACGAAGAAGAUGAGGAUGACGAUUAUUACAGUAAAUCCAAAAAGAAGUCAAAAGAUAAAGGAGGAAAAUCUGAUGCUGAAGCAAAGAAGAAGAAAGACAAAAAGAAAGAGGAAGCUCCACAGCUCCCAAUAAAGGAAAUCCCAAAGAAAGGUCUGAAGAACAUGUCCAGGAUGUUCAUGAAGUUUUCUGGUUUCAAACGACGCAGGAACAGUAGAAAGAAGCUGAAAAGUACGUCGCGUUUGUUCCUGGGGUUGGGGAAGAGAAAGAACCGACUUGCCAAGAAGAAACGCCGGAAGUCAAUGCUGAAGAACACCUCUCGAUUCAUGAUGAGGUUUAAGGCCAGCAAAAAGGGGAAAAAGGAGAAAGAGAAAGCCGAAGCCAACAAUGGGAAGAAGCCAACAUAUAUGCUGCUUCGUCUGGGGGGAAAUGAGAAGAAGGGGGGCUUCUUCAAAGGCUUAUUUGGGAAAAAAGAUGGUGACGGGCCUGCUGAUGACUUCAAGAACAGAAGUGUGUUGCUGGGUAAGGUUGCAGCAGCAACUAACUGGCUCACUAAACGUUUCCUUUCAACUAAAAUGCGAGGAAAUUCAGGAAACAAUGGCUGGGGGGUACGUAGAGCACAGAGCCGACAAGCCAGCUCAAGACGUAAUCUCCCCGGUUACCAUAAUGAUGGUUAUGAACAUGGGGAGGAGGCUUACGGCUACAACCAGAAAGGGUAUGGAGACUACUACGAUGGUUAUGGUGGUUAUGGAGAUGAGGCAGCUGCAGCAUAUGGAGGCCAGGUUCAGCUUGGUUACUAUGACAAUGGAGCAGGGGGAGCAGAAUAUCAAGACCUGGGUUACUAUGAGGAAGAAGGACUUUAUGAUCAACAUGCAGAAUAUUAUGAAGGUGGUCUUUAUGAUGAGGGCAUGGAGGACCACUAUAAUCCUUAUUCCUCUGCCCAAGACUACUACAACCAGGAAGCUGAUCCCUACGGUUACCAGCAACAACAGACAAUGGCAAUGUAUGGUGACGAGGGUCUGGACUAUUAUGCACAAAUGGGUGAAGACCACAUGUAUGGAGGAGCAGUAGACGGAUUCCUUCACCCUCAGGCUCAGGCUUAUUAUGACGAAAAUGGUCAAGGUGUUUACUAUGGUGAUGGACAAGGGGGUUACUAUGACAAUGGACAGGCAGGUUAUUAUGAGAACCCUUAUGCAGCAACUAUGGGAAUGCAAGGGGGAUUUCAACCAGACUAUCAACUUAGUUAUAGUGAUGCUGGCAUGCCCUACCAAGACUACAGCUCCCAACAGGCAAUUGGAAUUUCACCAGGAGGCCAGCAGGUCUUUGGCUUUGGAGGACAGGGGGUGGAUCAGGUACAGGGCCUAUAUGGAGACCAGUAUGCAGACCAGGUGGAUCAAUAUGGGGAUGAUAGUAGUGGACUUCAGGGAGGGGAGAUGACAUUCAGAGUUCCUAGACCUCAAGUGCGCCUAUUUGGGAAAGAGCGCCUCGAUGUGCCCCUGCCCCCUCCACCUACUUUGCCACCUGAUCCAGAAUUUGAAAGCAUGUCAGAAAUCCAGUAUGAAGACCAGAUUUCUCUUGCCCCAGGUCAGGAUGUUGGCAUGAUGUCAUUACAGCCACAAAUGGCAAUGUUACCACAACAACAAAUGAUGAUGUCUGCUCAAGAACACAUGAUGAUGGCCCCACAGAGAAUGUCACCACAUCAACAGAUGAUGAUACAACAAGAACAGCGUAUGUCCCCCCAGAUGAUGCCAUCACAGAUGAUGUCACCCCAGCAACAGAUGAUGAUGCAACAAGAACAGAAUCUCUACUCCUUCAUCCCCCAUGGCGUCCCCCCUCGCCCAUCGCAGAAUGCAACCUCAGAGAUCACCAUCUCCUCUAGCUCGAGGACCCUCGCCCCCCCAAUCUCCCCGUGCUUCAAUGAUACGGCGAAGUCCUCCACCCUCACCAAGAUUAUUAAUGAGGCAACGUUCUCCACCUUCCUCACCCCGUACUUCCAUGAGGAGGCAAAGUCCCCCUCCGUCACCCACUCCUGCUCGACCCCAUCCUGCCCCAUCAUCUCCUACCCUCUCUCGUCGUUCAACUCGGCUGCUCAGGGACCCCACCCCCUUAGCCAGGCCCAGGAUGGGGGGACAUGUCCCUUUGGGGAGGAGAGAAUCUGGUCGAUUCCAUCCUCGCCCCAUAGCCCGAGGACGUCCCCUCAUGGCUCAGCAAUCUUUGAGGAGGAUGUCCCCUGCUUCUCCACAGCCCUCUCUGAAACACAUGCCAUAUCCUGCAUCCCCACGCCUCUCUCCUCGACUCUCUCGUCAGUCUUCCCCCCAUCUGCCCCCUCGAGCAGAAAUGACCCACGUGUGCCCCAGAGGCCCAUGUCUCCUAACCUUUCCAGAGCACUUCAAAACCAGGAUCUCAAGACUGCUUCAUAUACUCUCCCUGAUGGCACCAUUAUAGACCCUAGACAUCCACAACCCAUAUCCCCAAACCUGGCUAAGGCCCUGACCAACCCAGCUUUGCGCGAAGCCUCUUACUCUCUUCCUGAUGGUACCAUUGUGAUUGACCCAAGGAAACAGAAGUCCCCAAACCUGGCAGCAGCACUUCAGAACCCUUACCUGAAAAGUGCAUCGUACACACUGCCAGAUGGCACAAUCAUCAUUGAUCCACGGAAACCUGCUUCUCCAAACCUGUCCAAUGCCCUUCAAAACUCGCUGCUGCGAGACGCAUCCUUCACAUUACCAGGAGGGAUUCAUGACCCUAAUACACCUAUAACACCAAACCUGGCCAUGGCCCUCAGUAACCCUGCCUUGAAAGGAGCUUCAUACACCCUACCAGAUGGAACUAUCAUAGUGGACCCACGGAAACCAAAGACCCCCAAUCUGACCGCCGCCCUACAGAACCCCUAUCUGAAGGGUGUGUCAUUCACGCUGCCUGAUGGAACCAUCAUCAUUGACCCACGGAAACCAGUUGGCCCUAACCUGUCUAAGGCUCUUUUGAAUGAGAACCUUCGUAGCGCAUCAUACCAGCUCCCUGAUGGUUCCCUGGUUAUCCCUGGCCAGAAGCCCUCCGCUCCAAACCUUUCAUCUGCUCUGAGGCAAAACAAGGGCCUUAGAUCUGCAGGUCUCUAUCAUCUGCCAGACAACUCUGCACUGUCAGGUGUUCCUAAACCCACCUCUCCCAACCUCAAAUCUGCGAUGAAGAAUGACGACCUCCGUGCUCUCAGAUACAGGCUGCCGGAUGGAUCUGUUCUCACGCGUCGGUUCCACAACCCCAGUCUUAAUGAUGCCAUCCAAAACCAGCAGCUCCGCUAUGCCUCAUACAGGGUGCCAACAGGCCUGCAGGGUGAAGAUAAUGUUUAUGCUGUGGUUCCUCCCUAUGGGCCGCACUCAGGCCACUGGGCCAGGAAUGCCAGAGGAGCAGGGGAUGGAGGGGAGGAUGUUUGGGCAGCUGAGAGGGUUCUUCCCCAUGGAACCCUCCAGAAUUUGUCAAAGUGGGCCAUGUACAGAGAGGACGGGGUAAUGGAAGGAUAUUCACCUAUACCUCGAUUUGCUGAUGGACAUCAGGACCCGGACUGGGCUCCUGACAGAGACAGAGCCCCUGGUCAAAGCUGGUAUGACAAGAUCUUCUCUAUCCUGAGCAUGCCCACAACAUGCCACAGGGUGAAACGCUGGGCGGAAGGAAUGGAAGACAUGACACAGCUGCCUGAGCUGAAUGAGAACACAGUUCUGAUGAACCUGAAGAAGCGCUUCGACCAGGAAUUUGUCUAUACCUACAUAGGCAGCAUCCUCGUGUCUGUGAAUCCCUACAAGUUGCUCAACAUCUACGGCACAGACAUGGUGCUACAGUACGAAGGCCGCGGCCUGGGUGACAACCCUCCUCAUCUUUUUGCCAUUGCUAACCUCUCAUACACCACCAUGAUGGAUGCCAAAAAGGACCAGUGUAUUGUUAUCAGCGGAGAAAGCGGCUCAGGGAAGACAGAAGCUACGAAACUGAUCCUGCGUUACCUGACAGCCAUACAUCACAAACGCAACAUCACACAACAGAUAGAGAUCCUGGAGGCCACGCCCCUGUUGGAAUCUUUUGGGAAUGCCAAAACAGUGCGGAAUGACAACUCUUCACGCUUUGGCAAAUACACGCAGAUCUUCAUGGAGGAGGGUGUAAUCAGCGGUGCCAUAACAUCUCAGUACCUGUUGGAGAAGUCCCGCAUUGUCUUUCAGGCCAAAUCGGAGAGGAACUACCACAUCUUCUACGAGAUGUUAGCUGGUCUUCCUCCUCAUGAGAAGAUCUCACUGUAUCUGCAGGAAGCUGAGACUUACUACUAUCUGAAUCAGGGAGGAGAUUGUACCAUAGAGGGGAAGGAUGACGGGGAGGACUUCAGGCGUCUGCUGAGUGCCAUGGAUAUUCUGUGUUUCACCCCAGAGGAGCAAAACAGCAUCUACAGGCUGUUGUCCUCUGUUCUUCAUCUGGGCAACGUUUACUUCCAGCCACACAAGGCUGAGGGUCAGGAGGUCGCGUCAGUGGUGAGUGCGCAGGAGAUCAGGGUUGUCGCUGAGCUGCUGCAGGUCUCACCUGACGGCCUGCAGAAAUCGGUCACCUUCAAACUGACAGAUACGGUACGGGAGAAGAUCUACACUCCGCUCACUGUGGAGAGUGCUGUGGAUGCCAGAGAUGCGGUUGCCAAGAUCCUGUACUCGCUACUGUUUAGUUGGCUGACGGAGCGCAUCAACGGACGGGUCUACCCUCGCAACGAAGCCCUCUCCAUCUCCAUACUGGACAUUUAUGGAUUUGAGGAGCUACAGGUGAACAGCUUCGAGCAGCUGUGCAUCAACUACGCCAAUGAAACUUUGCAGUUCUUUUUCAACAGGGUCGUCUUGCAGGAGGAGCAGGAGGAGUACAUGCGGGAGCAGAUCGAGUGGCAUCAGAAGCCUGUCAGCCACAACCAGGCCUGCCUCGACCUCAUUGCCGCUAAGCCUCACGGGAUACUGCGCAUACUGGACGACCAGUGCGGUUUCCCUCAGGCAACAGACCACACCUUCCUCCAGAAGUGCCACUAUCACCAUGGAAACAACCCGCUGUAUGCCAGGCCAAAGAUGCCACUGCCAGAGUUCACCCUGAAACACUUCGCUGGGAAGGUCACCUAUCAGGUGAACAAAUUCUUGGAUAAGAACUUUGACAUGGUCCGCCAGGAUGUUUUAGACCUCUUCACCCAGAGCAAGAACAGAAUGGUGUCCCGCCUCUUCCUGAGGCACUCGGAGUCUGUGUCUCAGCAGCGUGCCAACGUUCGACACAGCAGCACGGCGCGUCGCUAUCAGGCCAACACGGUCAGCGCAAAGUUUCAGAGCAGCCUGCAGGAGCUGCUGGAGAAGAUGGAAAGGUGUAACCCUUAUUUUGUGCGAUGCAUCAAGCCAAACCAUCAUAAGGAGGCGGGAGUGUUCGACAUGGAGCUGGUCAGCACUCAGCUGCAUUACUCCGGUAUCAUGGAGACCAUCCUCAUCAGGAAGGAGGGUUAUCCAAUCCGAUUGCACUUUCGCAGCUUCCUUUCAAGGUAUAAAGCGCUGCUCUGCCUGAGGGAUCUGCCGCCUGCAGACGGAGAAAACUGUGUCAUCAUGCUCCACAAGCUCGGCCCGGUGAAGAUCGGCUCGUAUCAGCUGGGAGUCAGCAAGAUUUUCCUGAAGGAGGAGUCGUAUCAGCUGCUGGAGGGGAAGCGCGACCGCGUGCUGAACCUCGCCGCCAUGACGCUGCAGAGAUACACCCGCAUGUGUUUCGUCCGGAAGAACUUUGUCAAGUUCCGGCGCCGCGUGACCCUGUUCCAGGCUCGCUCCAAAGGCUACGUGGCCAGGGAAAAGUUCGCUCUGAGGAGGAAGUGCCUGAUAAGGUUCCGCUCCGCCGCGCUGCUCGUCGUCAACCGGCAGCGUUACAUGAGGACAGUGGUGGAGCCGGCGAGGAAGGCGGAGGAGGAUCGCGUCAAUAGAGAAGUGGUGAAUGUGACAACACUGCCUAUCCCUGCGGAGCUGGCAGCCCUGCUGCAGGUGGCCUCAGGGGGUGAAGAGCUGCAUUCUGACUGCUUGGCUGUGGUCCAGGCUCCAAAGGUUCAGGUUGACCCUCAGCUCACCCUGCCGCUGGAUAUCAACAACUACCUCAUGACUCACUACAUCCGGGCCAUAUUCAGAGAGCCGUUGUUCGGGAUGCUGACAGCCCCACUGGAGAGUUCUGUCACUAGACUGGACGAGGAGCUAAGACAAGGAGCCCUGAACAUCUUCAUUCUGGUACUCAGGUUCAUGGGUGACCCCGACCUGAACGGGGCUCAGGAGAACCUGUUUGGGAACUACAUCAUCCAACGAGGACUGGCCAAUCCCAGCCUCCGAGAUGAGAUCCUGGCCCAGGUCGCCAAUCAGGUGUGGAGGAAUCCUAACAUUUUGAAUUCCGAGCGCGGCUGGCUCCUCCUCUCCUCUUGUCUCUCUGCCUUCCUGCCCUCACAGAGACUGGCCAAGUAUCUGCUCAAGUUCGUGUCUGACUACGGGCCCGAGGGCUACGACUGCGUGUGUCAGCACCGUCUGCUUCAGGCUCUGCAGCGGCUCAACGUCGGGCCGGAGUACGUCCGCACGCACCCGCCCUGUCUGCUGGAGUGGACCGCCAACCGCAAGAGGGCUCACACUGUCCUGCACAUACACUGUUUUGAUGGUGUAUCCUUCCUGUGUCCUCUACACUCCUGGACAACAGGAGAAGAGAUGGCCAAAGACAUCUUACAACACAGGGGUGUAGCGGAGGGCCGUCGCGGCUGGUCGGUGCUGCUGAAGGAGCCCGCCCAGUGGGUGGAGCUGGAGGGCUCGGACUACGUCCUGGACCUGAUGUCGGACCUGGAGCUUCCCGCCGACUUCCCCAAGCACAGCAGCUACUUCAUCAUCUCUGCACAGGAGCCCACCAGAGUGCGGCCCAACGCCAGCAUCAGCCUGCUGGGUGGUGGGUUUGAAAAAAAGGACGAUUUCAUAUCUUCAGCCAUCGCUGGCUCUGACGGACAAGACUUGGAGCCUCAGCGAGGGAUGGAUCGUUAUCUCGACAGCCUGUUUGACCCCGUGCUGUCUGAAGGAACUGAGGAAGUAGAAUCCGCUGCCGGACUUUCCAGCAGGAUGCAGGGGGCAGGCGGAGUCGGAGGAGGGUGGCAACAGCAGGGGCAGUCCACGGGCCCCCCACCUCCACCUGGAGCUGUGAGAGUCCUUCCUGUGGGAGGUGUGAUGUCGCCUCCUGUUGCGGCCGUGGCACCUGUGACACCUGAUGCACAGCACUCUGUUCUGGACCAGCAGCAGCAGGCGAUUGUGAACCAGCAGGCCAUCAUCAUGGCUCAGCACAUGACCAUGCAGGCCAUGGCCAUGGUCGGCAGCCCGGUGUCGAGCCCCCCCAUCUCCCCGAUCACAAGCCCUCCCUCGAGUCCUCUGCCCCAUCACCCUCUCAGCCCCUACGCCACCAGCCCGUACGCCGUCAUACCUCCGAGUCCGUACGCCAACAUCCCGCCCAGCCCUUACGCCAACUUCACCCCCACUCCCUACGCUGCAUCAGGCAUCCCACCGAGCCCCUACCUUCCCACCGCUCAACAGGAACAAACUCCACCGCGGCCCGGAGCUCAGCCUCAGCCUCGGGCCACCGGGCCCCGACCUCAGCCGAGCUCCACUAACACCGACCCAACUGAGCCGGCGCAGCCUAAAGCCAACCCUGCUGCACAGGCUCAGUCUGGUAAGGACAGCGUCCCUCAGAGGAAGGCUCCGGGCGUCCCCAUAAACAAGGAGAAACCAGUCAGGAAGUUUGCGCCAGUGGUGACGUCUCCUCUGCCCCCUGCCACAGAUGUGGUGAAGCACUCGACUCGGACUUCGGAUCUCAUCGUCCCCAGCCAAGACAUUAAAGAAAUCAUCAAAAGAUACAACUCGCCACCUCCGCCGUCAGGAUCGCUGCCAGCAGGCAAGAGGAGACCAGAGGGGAAGUUUAAGAAGAAGCAAACCCCUCGUGAUGAAGCUUUACAGAUCCUCAAACCCCAGAUGGACAACCCUCCUGCUCCGCAGCCCAGGCGUCCCGUUGCGCCCUCACCUUCUGCGCCUGCAGUCAAAGAGGUGGGAUUAAAACCCACCAAGAGUACGAAGACAAGAGCGCCCGGUCGUCCUCUCCCCAAACCUCCUCCUCCAGUUUCUCGAGAGCUCCCGGUGGAGACGGAGAGCAUCCAGACACAACUCCAUCAGCGCACCAACGAAGAGCACUACACCUACACCAACGUUCCCUGGCGCCUGUACCUCAGGAAGGAGGUUUUCCAUCCCAAAGACAGCUUCAACAAUCCUUUGGUGCUAGACCUCAUUUUCAAACAGAUUGUGAACGACACUCUGUCAGAGGCGUGCGUUCGCAUCACCCGGGAUGAAAGGCAGAAAAUGAAAGCUCUCCUCGCUCAACACGGGGUCCAACAGAACAUGGAUCCGGUGGAGGAGCGCGUGAAGAAAGCGGUUGUGACGGCAGCGAGGGAAACCUGGGAGAUAUACUUCUCCCGACUCUUCCCUGCCUCGGGUAGUGUAGGAACAGGUGUGCAGGUGUUAUCUGUGUCGCACAGUGGAAUUAAGCUGUUGAAGACGGUAAAAAGCAGCGCUGCGGCUCCAGACUACUUCCGAGUCCUACGACCGUACACCUACGCAGACAUCUUGUUCGUAACCAUCCCGUCUACCAACGUGCUGGAGUUCAACCUGACCAACGAGAAGCUGAUCCUGUUCUCAGCCAAGGCACCGCAAGUCAAACACCUCAUAGACACCUUCAUCAGUGAGAUCAAACGGGACUCAGACUACGUGAUCGCUGAACGUAACUUUGUGACGGACGACCGCUCGAUGCUCACUUUCCACAAGGGAGACAUCAUCAGGCUCCAGGUCAUGGACGGGCUGGAGAAAGGUCACAGCUACGGCUGCGUGGUGAGGAAGAAGGUGGUGUUUCUGGAGGAGCUGAAGAGAGACACUGAAGAUUUCGGCUGGAAGUUCGGUGCCGUGUUCGGCCGCUCCGGCACAUUCCCGGCUGAGUGCGUCCAUCCCGUCGCUCCCCCUGAUUUCCUGUCGCUGCCGCUGGACCGUAAGGCGGAGCCUCGCGGGGGAGCGGGACAGUUCGCCGCGUCGUCGGCGGUCGCCGUCGCCGUAGCGUCCACCAUGGCUGCACAUGAGAUAGAUCAAACGAUCGAGAGAGUUUCCCUCGAUGGCUUUGCUGACGGAGAGCUGGAUGAGAGGGCCCUGCAGGACAGUAAAUAUGACAUGUUGGUGUUUGCCAAGAAGUUCUUCAGACAGGGACCCGGUGGGAAGGGAGAUUCCCUGAAGAGCAAGAGCAAGAACAGAGACUCCCGGGAGCCCAGUGAAAUGAUCAGGUUCUCCAAGACGCCUCUGACCGAGUCUCUGAUCGAGUUCACUGAUCCGGCCAUGAACAGAGUGGCCGCCGAUCUCUUCAUGUUGGCGAUGCGUUUCACGGGUGAUUCGACCUCAAGGGGACAAACGGAACAGGAAGUGGUCAGCACUUUCCUCAAGCUCAUAGGAGAGUUCACCUUGAUGAGGGAUGAGGCUUACUGCCAGCUCCUCAAACAGCUCACUGCUAACACCAGCUCCAAACCUGAUAGUUGCCAACGAGGCUGGAGGCUGCUGUACAUCCUGACGGCUUACCAUCGCUGCUCUGAAGUCCUCAAGCCGUUCCUCCUGAAACACCUGCAGCAGGCCUCCCGCAGUGCAGGAGCUCAGUAUCAGGGCAUAGCCAAAGCAUGCGAGCAGAACCUGAAGAAGACCUUCCAAUAUGGCGGCCGCAUUGUUCCGCCCAACAGCAUGGAGCUGAAGGCUAUGAUGGCGGGACGGAGUUCAAAGCGUCAGCUCUUCCUCUUUCCUGGAGGAAUCGAACGUCACGUGAAAAUCAAAACUUGCUCUGUUGCCCUGGAGGUGAAUGAGGAGCUGUGCUAUGAGAUGGGUUUACACAGACUGGAGGCCAUGGAGGAAUACGCCAUAUUCUUAGUCACCAACAGAGGUCAGAACGUGCGUCCUCUGAACAAACACGAAUACAUCCUGGAUGUCGCGACAGAGGCCGAGGUGGUCGACACCAGCUACAGCUUCUGGUUCAGACGAGUCGUCUGGACUCAACCGCUCAAGUUUGAGAACGAGCUGUGUGUCGCGAUGCACUACAACCAGAUCCUGCCGGACUACCGCAAAGGCCUGCUGAAUGUUCUUCCACACGGAAAAGUGAGCGACCAACAGCUGCACCAGAUCUCAAAACUGGCAGCGCUGCAGCACAGAGCCAAAGACAUCGUCUUCAUCCCGAGCAUACACGAAAUAUCAGAGUAUAUCGCCCCGCCUCUGUUCAAGAAGCAGCCGCCCCAGCAGUGGGUUGCCAUGGUGACGCAGCACAUGCAACAAGUGCAGACCCUGAGCCCGCACCAGGCCAGAGCACAGUUCCUGGGCCUGGUCAGUGCCUUCCCCAUGUUCGGCUCCUCGUUCUUCUACAUCCACAGCAGCAGCUCCACCACCUUCUACGCCCCCUGCAUCGUUGCCGUCAAUCAACAUGGUCUUCACUUCCUGCACAAAAAUACACAUGAGCUGAUGGCAGCGGUCCCCCUGGUGGAAGUGCAGUCCAGCCGCACCCAGAGGCCCAGCGCUGGCACCAGUUACCCGUAUGUGGACCUCACCCUGGGGGACAUGAACACGCAACGGGUCAUUCAGAUGCAGCUGGAGCAGGGCCUGGAGUUGUGUCGAGUCAUCGCCAUGCAGGUGGAAAACAUGAUGUUGGUGCGGGAGAAGAGGCUCACCCUGCCACCCAGCGAGAUCACCAUGUUAUAACCACAUGUCCAAUGCUUGACUGUGCUUAUACACACACACACACACACACACUUGUAUAAACAUACACACACACACACACACAUACAUUGGGAUGAAACCUGUAAAGAAAUAACCUACCUCUUCUUGACUUCAGGUGUUUUGUUGUGAACAAAGUUUAGCUGAGAAACCCUGAAUGUCGAUAUUGAUCAAUGAUUAUUUUCACGUUGAUUAUUUGGUAAUUGCACUUAUUACUGUAGUUUUCAUUGGUAUCACAUUGAAUAUGUUUUAUUGUUGUGGAAGCGACAAUGGGUGGUGAGGGAGCUUCACAGGCCUGUGCCUUGUCAUUACAGUGUUUUAUAACUGCAAUGUUUUUUAUUUUUUUAUUACGGCUGUUGACUGUGAAACUUGAUGUUGAUGUCAAACCAUUGUUGUUUUCAGACAAUGUUAAUGUAUUAACGUGCUUAUUUUGUAAAAAAAAGUUUUUAAAGACAGUUAUGAGCAUUUCUGCGCUCAUUUAUUAAAAUGAUUCAACAACAAUAAAA